UAAAAAUAAGGUUGUACAGACUCAAUCCACAAUCAUGAGUGCAUCCGGAAGUGGAAAGAAACCUGGUGGUAAAACCACUUCCGGCGGUAUCGGAAAUUGGUUCACUUGCGCCCAAUGUGGAAAACGGCUUCCACGCAGUGCUUCUGCCAAACAUGCAGACGCCGAUUGUGGGGACGCGAUGUAUCCCCACAUUCUGGAUUAUGGGAAAGAAACAGCGUCAACGUGCGCCUUGCUUGUGAAUGCGACGACGACUUCCAAGAUUCAGAACCUUCCAUUCAUCAAAUGUUGUCGUUUGUCAUCCAGCACCAUUUUUAUUCCGGAAGAACUCAUUAGAGAAUCGGUAUUUGAAACGUUCAGCUGGGUCAGGGUGUCAUUCAUUAGGGAAGCUGGUGAUGGCGACAAAGUCGACGAAUCAAGCCCGCCCGUAGCAAUGAGAGUUUGGCCUAUUCCGGAUUCUGUUUCGUCAUCAAGUGUGUCUGGAAAUGUGAUGAUGACGAAGGAUGGUUUCCUGGCGAAUAAUGUACUCGCGUGUACUAAUCUUGCCGUGAAGAUUCAGCCAUUGUCGCCUCGCAUUGGGCGUAAUUUCCCUGUCAUACUUCCAGCAACAUGCGUCAUUCUUGAAAUUGACGACGUUGCAGCAGAAAUAGAUCAAGUCACAUUUGAAUCAGACCGUUUCAGUCAAACGUUCAAAAACUGGUUUAGAGGAAGACUGAUUGCAACCGGAAAUCAGUUAAGGAUAAGAUACUACGCAGAAGUGGUGUCAUUCAUCGUGAAGAGCACUACACCACCUAGGCAAAAAGAAAGCCAUGUGGAAGAAGAUAUGAACAAGUUAUCCAUCAGAGACGAGGAAGAGAGUGAACAAUUCUUUGAAAUUACAGACAAGACGGAUGUGCAACUAGAAUUGAAAAGUGGGAGUGAACAAUUGGCAAAAGACAUGGAAAAAAAUAUCGUCACGCUUAGUGAUGUGGGAGGACUUGAUACUAUAAUUAAAGAAUUAGUUUCCACUAUUAAUUUUAUAUUCACUUCACAACUAAAUGUUGCGAAAGGCAUCCUUCUUCACGGACAUUCUGGAACUGGGAAGACGCAUUUAAUUUAUGCUCUUUGUAAUCAUUUUAAGUUGACACCUGUCCUCUUUAAUGAAUUUGCUUCUGUCUCCACGAAACAAAUUGGAUUGUCUGCUGCAUCGAGCAAUUCCAUUUCAAAAGUGUUUCAAGAUGCGAUUGCAAAAUCACCUUCAGCAAUUAUCAUAGAAAACUUGGACAUUUUGGCCCCCAGCAAGUCAUCGGGUGACAAACGGUCUUCAAACUUUGCUCAAUCUCUCGUCUCCCUUGUGCCUACCUUAUCCAAACUCAAAUCUUCCACCAGAGUGGUCAUUUUUGCAUCCGCUACAGACAUUGACAGCGUUGACUCUGGCCUUCGUUCUCCCCGAAUCUUUGGAAAAGAAAUCGAUCUUCCGGUGCCCUCGAGAAAGGAAAGAGAACAAAUCUUGAGGACGAUAUUAUCAAAGAUUAGCCAUAAGUUUUCUAAUGAUGAAAUUUCUGAAAUUGCUGGUGCAACUCAUGGUUUUGUGGGAGCUGACCUUCACGGGUUAUGUACUCAAUCUGUUCAAGCUGCUGUUGAGAGGAAUAAGGAAGCAAGCCAUGUUAAAGUCGAGAUGAAAGACAUGGUCCCUUGUCUGAAAAGUGUGAAACCAAGUGCGAUUAAAAGCAUAUUGGUCGAUGUUCCUAAUGUUCGCUGGAAUGACAUUGGUGGACAAACCGAUCUCAAAUUUAAAUUAAAACAGGCAAUCGAAUGGCCUCUUAAACAUCCCGAAGCGUUUCAACGCUUAGGAAUAACUCCGCCAAAAGGAGUUUUAAUGUAUGGACCACCAGGCUGUUCAAAAACCAUGAUAGCCAAAGCAAUCGCGACUGAAAGUGGAUUAAACUUCAUCUCGGUGAAAGGAUCAGAAUUGUUUAGCAAAUGGGUCGGUGAAUCAGAAAAAGCUGUUCGAGAUGUGUUCAGAAAAGCACGCCAAGUGUCCCCCUGCGUGGUAUUUUUUGACGAAAUCGACUCCCUCGGUGGUGAACGAGGAUCAACUUCCGGUUCUUCCAACGUACACGAACGAGUCCUUGCUCAACUUUUAGUAGAGCUUGAUGGGAUCGAACCCCUUAAAGAUGUUACAAUCGUGGCUGCUACGAAUCGACCUGAUAUCAUCGACAAGGCCUUACUCCGUCCAGGAAGAUUAGACCGUAUAAUUUACGUCCCUUUGCCAGACGUGGAAACUCGGAUGGAAAUUCUUAAAAUACGGUUUAAGAAAAUGCCAGUCGACAGCGAUGUAGAUAUUGAAAGUAUUGUGGGUUCAACAGAGGGCUAUUCGGGGGCGGAGUUGACUGCGUUAUGUCAUGAAGCCGCCAUGAAAGCACUAGAAGAUGACAUCACCUCCCAAAAAGUUCAAAAUCUCCACUUUCUCAAAGCCCUUGAAAUAGUCAAGCCUCGAAUUAACAAGGACCAAAUACAAUUUUAUGAACAAUACAGCAGUUCUCACAAAAGAUAAUCAAAUUGUAACGGUAAUUCCAACAAUAAAUUACUUAGAUUAAGUUA